AUGACGUCAGUGGCAGACCUAAGACAACCUUCCCUUGUGAGGUCAAUCUUGACAUUAUAUGCCUCUGACAUGGCUCUGUUGACCUUUGAUACUGGUGUCAGGUCAUCUGGGUCAAGGGAAGAGAUCGGAGCAGACCCAACCAACACCCGAACCUCCCAAAGACACGCGCGCAGACGAGACAGGACAGACAGCCACGCCGUCACCCACCGAUCCCCCACGCCCACGCCCACGCCCACGCCCACGCCCACAAGUUCUCCCGAAGCCUGCCUCACCCGGCGCAGACGAGACAGGAGACAGCCACGCCGUCACCCACCGAUUCCCCCACGCCCACGCCCACGCCCACGCCCACGCCCGCAAGUUCUCCCGGAAGUGCCUGCCUCACACGCGCGCAGACGAGACAGGACAGACAGCCACGCCGUCACCCCACCGAUUCCCCACGCCCACCGCCCGCCCACGCCCACGCCCACGCCCGCAAGUUCUCCCGGAAGUGCCUGCCUCACACGCGCGCAGACGAGACAGGACAGACAGCCACGCCGUCACCCACCGAUCCCCCCCGCCCACGCCCACGCCCACGCCCACGACCGCAAGUUCUCUCGGAAGUGCCUGCCUCACACGCGCGCAGACGAGACAGGACAGACAGCCACGCAGUCACCCACCGAUCCCCCCGCCCACGCCACGCCCCACGCCCGCAAGUUCUCCCGGAAGUGCCUGCCUCACACGCGCGCAGACGAGACAGGACAGACAGCCCCGCCGUCACCCACCGAUUCCCACGCCCACGCCCACGCCCACGCCGCAAGUUCUCCCGGAAGUGCCUGCCUCACACGCGCAGAACAGGACAGACAGCCACGCCGUCACCCACCGAUCCCCGACGCCACGCCCACGCCACGCCACGCCCACGCCCCGCAAGUUCUCCGGAAGUGCCUGCCUCACACGCGCGCAGACGAGACAGGACAGACAGCCACGCCGUCACCCACCGAUCCCCCGCCACGCCCACGCCCACGCCCACACCCGCAAGUUCUCUCGAAGUGCGCUGCCUCACAGCGCGCAGACGAGACAGGACAGUACAGCCACCGCCGUCACCCACCGAUCAGCCCCGCCACGCCCACGCCCACGCCCACGGCCCGCAGUUCUCCCCGGAAGUGCCUGCCUCACACGCGCGCAGACGAGAAGGACAGACAGCCACGCCGUCACCGACACCGCCCCCCCACCGCCCCCCACGCCCACGCAACACGGGCCCACAGCCCUGUCACCCACGCCACACGCCCACGCCCGCAAGUUCUCUCCGGAAGUGCCCUGCCUCUCAUAGCCGAGGCAACCUUCCCUUCAGGCGAGUUCUAUGAGCGAGCCAAAUAA